AUGACUAGUGGCUACACGGGAAAUUAUUUCUUCGAAAUCGACGGCGGUAUCGUAUCAAUGAAGCAUCUCGUCACCACUCCGGAUGAAGAUGUCCAACACCAUUCUCUUAUUGGGUGCGGCGAUGCUGGUACCAUCCGCCGAGCUUUUCUCCGGGAUCUUUUCGGAAGAUGCGAUUUAGACAGCGCAACAGCAAGAGAUGUCACGCUUCCGCGACAGCCAUUGUUGUCUCUGCCCACCAGAAAACUUACAUCACUUUCGCUGAAGUAUUUUUCAAUCCCAGCGCAGUACUUAGACUAUUUUCCUCCGAUUCAAGAAGCCAUAGAAGAGCUCAGGAUCGUGUCACUAAGCGGAAGGCAGCACCAGGAGCACAGCCUCCAGCUAAGAAACCUGUUGGACGGCCACGAAAAGUGA